UAAGUCAUUACUGAAAGUGCGACUACAUUUUAAAACAUUAAAACGUGAAACCUAACUCUAUAUCCCUCCCGCCGCGAACAAACCACCAGUCGCCGCCACUCUCCGCCGUCCAUUCCGCUCAGGUUCCUCCACGUAUGGAACUCUCAAUCCCUCACCGUUCCCUCAUCCAUUCCAAUUUCUCUCACUCGCUCCUUCGUAACUCACCUGUUCAUCCCUCGCAGCGUCUUCUCCUCCCCGUACACCUUCCGCAGCGCAAGGUACACAUCCUCUCCACUCACCUUCCAUCUUCUUCAAUGGAUCCCGUGGUCACUCGCGCGUCCGACAACAACGGCUCGCCGGCGGUAACUACAGUUCAAGGAGGAAGAAUUGGAGAGGUUAAGAGGGUUACGAAGGAGACGAAUGUGAGUGUGAAGAUUAAUCUGGAUGGUGACGCCGUGGCUGAAAAUAAUACGGGCAUUCCUUUUCUCGAUCACAUGUUAGAUCAACUUGCUUCACAUGGAUUAUUUGAUGUUCACGUGAAGGCUGUUGGGGAUAUUCAUAUCGAUGAUCAUCACACAAAUGAAGAUGUUGCCCUUGCAAUCGGGACAGCUAUGCUGCAAGCACUCGGGGAUAGGAAAGGAAUUAACCGGUUCGGGGACUUUUCAGCUCCUCUUGAUGAAGCGCUUGUACAUGUUUCACUGGAUCUAUCUGGAAGGCCCCAUUUGGGUUAUGAUCUGCACAUACCGACAGAAAGAGUAGGAACUUAUGACACACAGCUGGUGGAGCACUUCUUUCAGUCUUUGGUCAAUACCUCCGGAAUGACACUACACAUACGACAGCUUGCUGGAAAAAAUUCUCACCACAUCAUAGAGGCAACUUUCAAGGCCUUCGCAAGGGCUCUCCGGCAAGCAACCGAAUAUGAUCCUCGCCGUCGUGGUAGUGUUCCGAGGUCAGUUUUUAAUUCCAACCCCCCCAAUUCAAACAAUAGUCUUAUGUUGAACCAAAUAUAGUAGCUCUGUUAGGUUCUCAAUUAUGCAACAUCUAGUGGGUGUGGGUCAAUCUCAACGCUUCGUUUUCUGUGUUUGUAGCUCGAAAGGCGUUCUCUCACGCACAUGAAUACUUCAUUGAUCGCCAAAAGCUUGAUGAAUGUCUAGGUACAUGCUCGAAACAAUAAUCCUCGAUUUUUGCAGAAAGGAAACUGCUUUAAGGUUUUUGCCCUGUCUGCAUCUGUAUCUCAUCUUUGCAGCCUUUACUCAUAUGCAUUGUUGUAAUAUAAAAUCAAUAAUUUAGCAAAAAGCUUGAACCCUUGUGUUUUGAUUGAUAUUUAUAUGUGGAUUACUGUUUUCGUUUCAAAUGUUAGCCACUUACUGUUAUGUAAUGUUUGGGCCUAGAAUUUGUUGAUAAAUAAGAAAGCAAUCAUUUUCAUU